CUUUCCCACGUUUCUAGCCUUUUAGUCCUUUAAAAGUGGGAAUGAUACUAGCGUGACAACCAAAACUGAUCCUUCUCUCUUUCUCUCUAGAUCACUCAUACAAAGAGAUCCAUAUUAUCAGAGCUAAAGGAUUGUUAAUAUCAAACAUGUUUAAGAGAAAGAAUGCUCACCAACUUGAUGACGAUUCUCAGCAAGAUAACAAGGUUAGCAAAUUGAGAUCUGCGUUAGGACCGCUCUCGGGACAUAGUUUAGUUUUCUGCUCUGAUGCUUCCUUGAGGAGAUAUUUGGAUGCUCGUAAUUGGAAUGUCGAAAAAGCCAAGAAAAUGAUUGAGGAGACUCUUAAGUGGAGAUCAACAUACAAACCUCACGAGAUCCGUUGGCAUCAAGUAGCUCAUGAAGGUGAGACCGGUAAAGUUUCAAGAGCUAGUUUUCAUGAUCGACAAGGUAGAGUAGUGCUUAUAAUGAGACCUACAAUGCAGAACUCAACAUCAGCAGAAGGUAAUAUCAGGCAUUUGGUUUAUCUUCUUGAAAAUGCAAUCCUCAAUCUUCCAAGGGGACAAGAACAAAUGUCUUGGCUCAUCGAUUUCACUGGUUGGUCUAUGGCCGCUAAUGUCCCUAUGAAAACGACACGGGACAUUGUCUACAUUCUCCAGAAUCAUUACCCUGAGAGACUCGGUAUGGCCUUUCUCUAUAAUCCACCAAGACUAUUCCAAGCAGGCUACAAGGCUAUUAAGUUCUUCUUGGACCCACGCACAGCUCAAAAGGUCAAAUUUGUGUACCCAAAAGACAAAACAAGUGAUGAACUGAUGAAAUCACAUUUUGAUGUUGAGAAUCUCCCCAAGGAGUUUGGAGGCAAAGCAACACUAGCGUAUGAUCAUGAGGAGUUUUCAAGACAAAUGUAUGAAGACGAUGUCAAAACCGCAAAGUACUGGGGAUUAGAGGAUACGGAACCAAACGGCUUCCAUGCAGCUGAUGUUGUUUCUGAGCCGGCCACUUCUCUUGCAUCAGCAGCUAGCUGAGAGUUGAAUACAUAUGUAUGUAUAACGCAGAAAGAAGAAGACACAAGAUAAGAAAAAUAAAGGUUUAAUUAUUCUCAUUAUAGCUAAUAAGGUUCCUCCAAAGUCCUUGCUCUUUUGAAAAUUAAGUAGUGAGCCAAAUAGCAGAAAUUUCUUGUCAUAAAAGUUUAUGUAUGUGUUAGUCUAGAGAAUGUUACCUUGUGUAAUUGUUCGAAAGACACUUGGUAUAAAAAUGUACCUCUAUCUUGUUCUCAACAUUCUGGACAGUCCUGAAAGCCUUUUUGCUAGAGCU